AUGAUGCCGGACUCAAAUCCUAACUGGAAUUUUGAUUCAGGGGAGCCUGCCACUAAAUCUGACCCGCAAAUAGACCCCUACGUUAACGUCGUCCAACGCGACAACAGUUCGGCAUAUCUCCACACCAUCCACGAGGAACUGGAAGAGGAGGAUAGCGAGAUACUGCACUACAACUCUUUCGACACUACAGAGGGCAGUGAUGAGAAGAUUACCGUUCGGCAUGUCUCAUCUGCCGUUUUGACUAGUGACGUCGAGAACGAAAGCCAAAAAAAUACAACAUCCUCCUCUUUGGAGUCCAACAGACAGGGCAGCGUUAGCUCCUGCGGUGGGUUAACUGAACUUCAAAUACCUUUGGAGUCAACUGCAGGGCAGCAAAUGACUGAGAGCGACGAACUAAGCGAUAUUCAGUCACAUAUGGGAGUUGUUGCCCCACUCAUGGAGGAGAGAUUAGUGCAGGAAAUUUAUACGGAUAGUACGAACGAUGGCGUUUUUGGACAUCAUGAAAUAGCAACCUCUUGCACUGGUAAUCUUGGAGACGUAAAGUGUGGUUCAGGCGCGGACUUUAUCACUCACACAACGGACCCCGCAGCACAAGGCAAUGUCGUUAGUUGGUGCGGUCCCGGAAAAGUGGAGGCCGCCGACAUGGGCGCUCUUUCUAGCGAAAUAACUCAUCUUAACCACACGUUUCAGGAUCCUUUAAAUUUGGCGGUCACUAUGGCGGAGUACAUUUGCACUCGAUCUGGUCAUUUGCAAGACUCUCGGUUCAAUGAGACCUCAUUUCAGGAUAAUACGGACAAUUCAACCGCAGAAGCGAAUACAAGAUCUUUCUCAAAUCGUCGAGUUACCGUCGAUGAUCGGCGGAACACCGUACAGGACGCUUUCCCGGCUAUCGUGUUCGAUUCGCCCUACCACUCGGAACUUGGAAGUACUUCCUUCUUGACCACGGGUGUCGCUGAUCAAACAAUAAACACACCGCAGGGUACUCUAUACUCUGUAUCAUUGAAAGCGUUCGAGAUUCUGAAGUCUCACAGUCUUGGCGAACUGCAGAGGAUUAACGAAAGUGCUUUCAUGACUCAAGAACCUGAACGUUUCUUAUCAGCCACUGACGUUACUCUCCUUACGCCAGUGUCACUAACCGACGGAAUAUGUGCGCCACAAUUGUCCCGUCACGAAAGAUCGAUUUCCCAGCCUCCGGAUGGUCGUACGACUGCGCUGAACAAGAUCGGAGAUCAGUGCUCUUCCGGCAGUCGACAUAACACGCAAGCCACCUCCCCUACCGAGACACAAAUUCACAAUCUCAACGAAUGGCUCUUCUCACCCACACCCUCGCCGGGAGUUUUUUCGGAGGGCGAGACAAGCCUAUUGCCAGGGCCAUGCCAAUAUAACACACCUGAAGGCAUCACCGAGAUCUCGGCGCAAAUGACGCCGUCUGGAAUCUCAAUAGCGCCCUCUGAGCAGGCCGAUAUCACUUGGGCUAGUGCGCAACGUCUAGAGACGGGCGGGGACUACGACUACGAGGACGGCCAAAGCGAACCAUCUGCACCGCUCCGCUUCAGGUCGUUGCACUUCCCGCUACCCAGUGACGGGCUGACAACAACACUGGUGACUAACAACAACGGCCGAGCCGAAUGGGUGUUUAACCAUUCAUCGCCCUGUAACCGGGAGAUGGUCACAGCUGCCGGCGAGCUUGUCGCCUCUGCCCAAUACGAUCAUCCUAGCCAACUGGGCCAGCGCAGUCAUAAUUUGGUGUGCUUUGCCUUUUUACCGACGCAUGCCAGUCAGAUGAAACGUUCACCGGCGGUGCAGGGUGUUUGCGCCCUGUUGCACAGACAGCCCACCGAACAGGACAGAUCUCCGACUGGAGAGAAUCCUGUCAAUACCGCUGUGGCUACAACACACGGGUGCAGAAAAACGCAGUCUCACACAGUCGACAAUCCAUCUGAGAAUCCCCUCCAAAAUGAAAGUCGAAUGGGCGAUGGAGACGAUCGAAUAUCUCCAAACUCCACUUCAACCCUUUCCUCGGCCUCGACGAUAUCAUCCACCGGCAGAAAUAGUGAGGAACCGCCAAUAAAGCGUCCCAGUUAUGACUACGGUGAGGAGGAGAUGGGUGAGAAGGAGAUGGAUUGGUUUCUCCUUCGAGGGGCAGUCGGCGCAAAUGCAGCACAACCUGGAUUUUCGAGCCUGGAGAAAAAGGAAACUUGCAAUGUGCAGGCCAAAUCGCUGACUCCGAAGCAACGACCCAAUCCCAAGGUCUCUUCCGUCUUUUGGAAGUUUCACAGGGGUCUUUGGUGUAGGAGUCGGAAAAAAGUGUCGCGGGAGUUAAACGGCCUGGAGGAGAGGCAAAUAGAGGAACCCGUGCUUGUGUGGCGGGAUGCCUGCGAAAAGACAGUUGACUCCAGGAGACCAGAUAAUAUGUCUCGUGAAUCCUGUAGCUUCUCAGAUAAAUUGGACGCUCUGCCCUACAUUGAUAAUGAAGAGUCCUACUCGGAAAAUUGGUAUAUCACUGAGAGUCAGCAGUUCAGUUGGAUUGAAAGAGCACAGUUGGCGACGGCAGAGGAAAUUACACUUUAUUCAGGUAUUUACUCAUUAGUGAGCUGCGUCCCUUUUUGGGACUUCUACCAUAUUAUUCUAUCCACGCCUUAUUUUGUUCAACUUCAGAGGUCAUUGACUGCUCACACCUUGAGCUUAAUGGUUUUGAUAGGUUUCCUUAAAAGUUUGAGAGAUUAUUGUUAAAAAUGCAUUACGGUAGCCAAGAGUACAGUCAGAGAAAGCCUCGCAUAGUCAAGGACAAUGGCAAUGGGAACACAAAAACUGCUAACACGGAAGCCUGGGGAAUCAUCUAGAACCUAGGCAAUUAUUUUUUUUGCCAGACAAAUAUUUUAAAUUUUUUAGUGAUUUAAUCACCACUCCAUUCAGCUGGGCUAGGGCAAAUAAGAGCUAUUCCGAAAGGUUCCGUUGUGCAGGCCAUAGUAACAGUAACGUCUUCUUCAUCAAUUUCUACACAGCUCUUGCUUCUCUCAUUUGCGGCUGUUUGCCUAGAUGCUUUUUGGUAUGACGGGUAUUCUAUAAAAACAAAUGUUGAAGAUCUGGCAUUACCGUUUGUCUGGACUUGUCUGCGCGACAGAUUCUUGGGCUAGUUUAGCAUCUGCAUUUGUGUUUACGUCUUAACCUCGGAGGUUCGAUGCCGAGACUAAAGAUCGUAUUAUCCUACUGUUUUACGUAAAAAGGCUCUCUGCUAGUUUAUUUGUUCUGGGACAUAUAAUCAGAAUUAAAUGCAAAUUUUGUUUCAUCGGACAAACAUUUCGUUAAACGUAUGCUCUGCACUUUUUCCGCGAUCAACAAAUAAGAAGGCAGGCGAAUAGUUCGAAUGGAUGCUAACCCAAAUUAGUUAUAGAAAGACCUACUGCCGAAUGGUAAUACUGGUUAGGCAGUAACAGAUGAUUUUCAACAGCAAUAGACGUUUCAGCUCUUGAACUAUUUCCUUAAAUGGCCUAUUUUUCACAUAUUUACAGUUGAAAAGUCUCGGCCUACAGGCAUCCUUUACCAAAUCAAAUAUCAUGAGUUAAUUACUAUUGAUGGUUCUAGUUUUUCGUUUUGUCAAUGUCCUUCUUAGCAAAAAUCAUAUUUGUGUGGGCACUGUAAUGACAAAUGACUCGCAAACCACCUCGCUUUGUGCGACGUGUAGAAUUAUUUUUGCGAGAUUCCGCACGCACUGGACCCGUACUUUGACCUGAGCAGAUGCCGAGGAAGUCAUGCAUGGAAUAAGCUCGAUUAUAGUACCACUUUUGGGAAAAAGACGUUUUGACCUCUUUUUCUGGCUUAACGUAAAAACAGCUUUUUGCCUUCAGGCCAUUUUUCUGUACGAUAGUGGGAGCAUGUUAUUACGCUCCUUGACAUUAUCGAUAGCGCAUAUGGUAGUCAGAAUAUUAAAGGAAUUUCUGUACGAAACAUACUUCGCAUUCGGAAAGUAGGCUGCCUUUUAAAGUAUUUGGACGGCAGUUCUCAGUGCUUGCGCGUGCGGUGGUUACCAUGAUAUAGGGAGAUCUAAAGAGCUUCCUGAAGAUGAACGAAUCGAAGAACUGGGAGCAGGACUAUGCACGCCUUAUUCAUAGCAAAAUAACUGCUGGCCUCACGCAAAUCUCCGCGCCUGAGUGAAAGGAAGCGCGUUUUUAGACGAAAGCGUAGAAUGCAGUUGAAAAGGAGAAGAUGCGGUCGCCCGAACGGGAAUCUUAUCCGUCUUUGACUGUUGCAGAGAAUAGUGAUUAAAAACACAAGGAAAUCAGUAUUCGUAGGAUAUCACUGUCAUUAAACGCCGCACCCAUUGCUGAGGAGUCGUAUUUGGUAGGAUGACUGCUUGUUUGCCCGAGACGUUAUGUGGGCAACAGUAGGGUGUGGGAUCCCAACUAACUUGAAGUAGCUUGUGGUCCGUGUCAUACGUUGAAUGGUCAUGGAAGGGGUUUUACGUCAUGCGAAAAAAACGUUUUUCUGACGAUUGAAGCUUCUUCUCCUCUAUUGCCGUCUCGAGCUCUCCUUUUCAUUUAAAAACUGGGACAGAAACACAGCACAAUGUGUUUAAAGUGAAGAAAAUAAAGGACAAUGUACAUGUGGAGGGGGAAAUACGGUGCGCGCGUGUACACCAAGAGCCCAUAUUUUUAACUGCUGUCGCUGCUAAGUCUUCGGUUGGCAUGGCUACGGCUAAUCUUAAUUGCCCUUCUUCUCUUAGCACAGAAGAUCCUGCCGAUAGUUGUCUGCCACUUCUAGGAUGGCCAGUGCCUACACGAAUCGGCCUCCAUGUCUCACAAUUUUGUAGCGAAAGUGCACAAAAUUCAUGUAGGCUCGUCCGAAAACGCUUUUUUCUAUUCGUUACUUAAAGCAACUACGCAAAUUAAGGUAGGCCUUUUGUUGCAAUCACUGUCACCUGAAAGAAUGCAUGUUUAGAGGAUUUUUCAAAAAGCGAGCAAACUAUUGAACAUUAUUUGUUUACCGAAUCUACUUCUAGUUAAGCAACCUUGAAGAAUAUGUAUCAGUGUGAGGCCUUAAAUAAAUGACAAGAUCUAAGGGCUAAAACAUGCUAACGAAUAAAACAAACGUUCGAAGCGUUGGAAGAUCGAAAAUGCUUUGCGCGGCAACUUCAGGUAAAAGACACAAAGUUUGGAAGCUCGUUAAUGUGCAGAAAAGUCCAGUUUAAAACACAGGAGUCUGAAUAUUUGAAUCCUGUAUGGGCAUCGGAGCAUUUAGAUAGAAUUUUUAGAUCUAACAGUGAUGCGCAAUUUAACCUGCCGGCUCUGUAUUAAUUUGGAACUUUUCAAUGGGGCAUUCUACAAUAGCAAAAAUCAGCCUUACUAAGAUUCCUAACCAGUUUUACUGUUGGCGUAAGUCCUGGAUAUUAAUAAUUGCCCUUUUUUAAAUCUACAAAUACACAUGUACUGUUGAUGACAACCACAAAACUCAAGAGAAAAUGCUACCUAUGGGAACAAAAACAUUACGCGGGACAAGUUUGAAGUUACGGCUCAGCUUUCCACCUUGCUGUCUUGUCAAUUUAGAGCCACAGAGUCUGACUGUGGUCUCAACAGCUAUUUUGCGACUAAAUGACAACACUUUUCAAGGUAAAAUUCUAAUUUUAUGUCCUUCAACGUCAGGUGUAAAUACCUAGCAAAAGUUCAGUCGUGUAUUCGAUGUCAUGACCGAAAGCCACAGGUUUUAGACAGAGAACAGCCUUUGUUGGGUGUAGGAAGUUAGAAUAAUAUGACCUAACUAUAAAUCCAAGCUUCCCACUCUGUGGAUUUCACGAUCAAGUUCUGAAAACUGUUGGGAAAUAUUUUACUAUAAAGGUCAUAAUUCUGCACGAAGUUGUUGGGUGAUACAAACGAGUUUCGGGAGGUAGUUUAAAAAUGGAGAGUUGAUCGCCGGAAAGAAAACUUUAUUCGCAUGGUAUUUCGAAUUAUUUUAGCGUUGGAAGACAACAUACUAGCAGCACAUAUAUUAGCUAAAAGCCCAGACUCGGGUGUAUUGCCGAUAUUCCGCCGCAUCAUGGAGAUAAGCCAUAGAAAUCCAGCAAAUCAAGCCCACUUCUAGUGCCCACUUUCUAUCUAGUAAGAUUCGAAUUGAAUAUUAUUCACCUCAACGAAAUAACAGCGCGUUGUUGACGCCUACAUGAGCCUUACGGUGGCAUGUACUGUACUGCCCUUGUUCGAGGUGUUUAAAAGUACAUAUUGUUCUCGAGAAACAAUCAUUCAAAGCCAACAGCUACUUUUGCCUUCGUAGCCUUCAACUAAACAGUUACCUGUGUAGUAUGCAAACAAUUAGCACUAAAAUUAUCUUUUGGCUUCCAUGAAUGGCAGUUCUUUCCUAACAAUUCACAAUUAAUGCGGCAAACUCUUAAAUUCCAGACACAACAAACCAUUGUAAUGGGUGUCUCACACCUAACUUCUAGGAAAAGCAAUGUAUCAAGGUUAUCUGGAGUUCCUGUUUAAUACAGAUGCAGAAAGUGCAGUAGGGUGUACUUAAGCUAUGCUAACUUUGACUAUACGACAAAUGUCAUUACGGUUUUCUGUAGCGCUUUAUAACGAUCACUUUACUUCUGGAAGACCUUACACUUCCAUAGGCGUCUAUACUCUUUGCUAUACUUCGGGCGUUUAAAGUAAAAUAACCUAAAUUCUAGCUCAGCGGCUCCUAGUGACCUCCCUCUACCCUGACCCCAGAUACUUUCACACUAAAAUAUAUCUAAGUCUGAUGAAAAUGGAAAACUUAGAGCUUAUUAUGACUUGCACGCGCAGCUUUGUUUUUCACUAACCAUUUAUAUCCCUACUUGCACACAACGCGCGGUUCCUAGAGGAUGUUUUGACCGUUACUACGUAAAAAAUAAGAGUAGUAAGAAAAUAUAUGCAUCCUUAGAGGCGCGGGUUGAAUUUGUAGUCCUGAAUAAUUCUGUCUGGAAAAAGUGAAAUAAAUGGCAUCGAGGUGGUGUGCUUAUGCUAUGAGCUAAAUUAAACUGGAAUCUAGCAAGCCUUUGACGUUUGAAAAGCGAAUAUGACCAUGGAGUAAGGCACUUUUUUGUCUCUUUUGUCCUGGAAUAACCCCAAAAGCAAAAUCUCAAACACAGGAAGGCAUGAACCGUAAUUUGGUGACAUAUGGCUCUGUUCAGUUUUUCAGUUUAAAAAUAGAACUGGCCAGUAGUUGGAAAAUAUUCUUAUCAGGAACGAGUACAGACAAAGCAUUUUCCCUCACUUUUGCAUCCAACUUAUCUCUCAUUUUAAGGCUUAUGUAGUGAGAUGAAUAGGUAAUUUUUAUUGAAGACAUUUAAUGGAAAACAUUUUAAACCAUGAUUUGACGUCUAACCGCAUUUAGUGGCCUUUCUAUAAAUGGGAGUAUUUUAUAAAGUCAGCAUUGCCUGAUUAAAGCCAUUAUUACGAUUAACGCUGUUUUUAGGAGUUAAAUUUUAUGGCUUUCCAAGAAUAUGAUCAUGAUAAAAAAACAGGGGAUUUAUUUUUAUUUUCGACGAAAUGCUUUUAUAAGCAGGUAGGCGGCAGCUCCAGGGUCACGUGAUCGCCCAAAUGUCUAUAGAAGUGGGACAUUGCCUUUUGCAGCGUUAGAAUACUAAAUAUGGGCCGAUUACCGCUAACUAAUUCAGUAGGCAAUGUUUGCACAGCUGCCUUACUGCCGGUUCACACCAAGGCUGUGUUGUCUCGUAUAAAACAACAGCCGCUUAUUUAUGGUUAUCACCCCAGAGCCCUUCAGUCGGAAGGAAAGCUGUCACCGUUAUUUUAACGAUUGGGUGGGAUUUCCAGCCACAUCAACCGCUCAGGUUGGUGACACGCGCGUUGUUGCCACGACGACACAGGGGGCAUGUACCCGGAGGCUCGGAGAUCACGCACUUUCCCGCGGCAUCGCGCAAGUGGGCUCACCCGCUUACGGGACGACAAGGUCGUCCUGAAUUGCCUCAAAUGACUCAGCCGGAGCUGCGUUAGACUGAGUCAUCAACCCACCCGCUUUGGCUUCUACACUGUCGGUUAAUCUAGUUCAUUUCCCAUUGCCUUUGCUUGCCCAUUAGGUGCGGUGAAUACCCAGAACAUUUUACGUGGAAACCACGCCCUUCUACCUGGGUUUAACGACUGUGGUGUUAACCGACUAGACAGUUGACUCUGUAGACAACUGUGAUUGUUUGUCAAUAGUAUUUUUUUCGAACCAGCCUUCUAGACAACCUACAGCAUUGUGCACUCGACAGCUGUACAAAAGGAGAUGGAGGAGAAGAAUAUUCAUGGUCUGCUGAGGGAGAUAAAAUGUUUUAUCCGAGUAAACGUGUUUAGUCAAUGGCGCUGUGAGGUGCCGUUAGAGAUUUAUGCACAUUUAUGGAGUCCAACGGGCACCAAAGUAACAUGCCCCGCACUGAGCAAGUAAAUACGUAUGGUGUGGAAUAUGGACAUGAGCUUAGGGCGUUCAGAAAAAAGCUCUUCGCUGAAUCAGUGUAAAAAUUCCACCAAAGGACGAUAUAGAAGAACAAGUCACUUCCUAACUGCCAGGAAAUCUGAACCACUCACGUUCAAAUAAGCAUACACACAUGCAAUUCCCCUUGGCGUACAGGCAGUUUAAUGCGCAGUGCAAAGGAAAAGAGACGCAACUACUCCAAAAGCAACUCCAGUAAAGCGUGUUGGCGUGUCAGCUGUGAAAAUCAGCAGCGUCUGAAUACAAAAACUUAUUCGAAUGACAGCGAAGGGCUCAAAAUCGGACAGGGAAACAAACGAUGCAACGUCAAAGUUAUCGAGAGCACGCUAAACCAAACAGUUAAACCGCCAAACAAGAAUUCGGUUAGAUUCUUUCUACCUCAUAAAAUAUUCUAUUCUCCAAUUUCUAAAUUUUUUGCACAAAAAAUUUGUCGACCAACCCGAACGACCAGAUUUAUCGCUGCCUUCCAAUGCGAGUCCAGCAAUGAGUUGUGCAUGAGUCUCAUCAUUGUUAAGCGGACUGUGGCUGCAGCUAUCUUCUUCUUUCCUUUUACGCACAUCGCCCUCCGACGCGAAGACGGAGUCAAGACGAUCUGGGGCGGGCGCGUGUUCAGUGACUGACAAAGCUAAACCAUCGGUCUGCGCGUGUCACACACAAAAUGGUCCUCAGAGCUAAAGUACCGGGUUUUAUUUUGUGGGCAUGGUCUCGGAUCUAGCGUAUCAGAAAGUGCUACAAAGGCCGCACUACAAAGGAGACAUUGGAGCAUAACCCCCAUUCCAGAAAACAGUUGAGGUGUCCCAUCGGGCGCAGGCCUUCGGGCGACGACCGAUGACGCGUCAUGACAUGUUCAAGCGUCUCGAUCUAUUCUUGUGACAAAUGCACUUAUUUGCCGCCGGGAUGGAUACCUCAGCGUCGCUCUCCUAUUUCCUUUUCUAUAUACCAGUUGAUUGUCUGAUGCCGCCAACCAAUUGGUGAUGAGAUGGGGCGUCGUGGCUGACUUAGUAAGAAAGUCCCUGUCUAACGCUCACGCAACCUUCAUGUACGGCGGUAUUUAAGAUCCCAUUGUGAUCCGGCAUGCGCGUGUCACGUGCCAGACCGACUGCCUUCCUGGAUCAACGCACCUGCAGGGCUGCUAUUUUGGGGGAUGUAUUCAAACACCCCAUAGGAUGACAAUGGGCUCUGAUAACAGCCAGUAAACCAGUACAUGCAUUCUAAAAUUUUAAUUAUGUUCCGCAAAAAGGUCCCCAUUUCCAUUUAACAGAAUGCCAAUUUAAACCUCCGCUAAAACGUGAGGAGAAAAAUAUUGCCUUAUGUUCUUACGUAAAUGGGUCUGCGCAAUAGAUGUCGGCAUUUCUAAAACAUUACAGUGCGGGUUAAUUAAAGUAGAAUGCCUGAACAUUGCCUGUUGAGGCAAUAACUAAACCGAUAAUAUCUGACAAGAAAAUACUAAUCCCACUAAAAAAUUCAAGUCGCCUAAUUUUCGGAUUUUUGGGAGUGAUGAAUACUAGAUUUUAAAGUGCACUGGAAUAGCUUUAUGCGGAAAUGGACUGUCAACUAUCAUGAUUUCCGGAACUCUAUUCAUCAGCAUCAGCGUGGAAUGAUCUAGCGUAAUUCGUCUCAUAAAAUGAGAAAAUCUCCAACAGUAUAAUUUGUAAUAUUCCAUAAGUAAAAACUACUAGAGACAAAGCGACCGGCUGAGUAAUUGUCUGCAUAAUUUUCUUGGAAAAAGAAGCAUGGAAAGGGAGAAGAGAAAUGAGACCAGAGAGGGUAGGUUAGUACCACUUCAAAUCCACGUGGAUGUCAAAGGAAAGGGCAAUAUUAGCGCCCUGGAGACCUGAUGGCGAUGUUGACAGUAGACCCAGUAAAUCGUUAGAAUUAGCAUACUUAAUCAUUACAUCCGAGCCCGCCUCUCAUCCUCAAUGGGCUUUACUUCUUAGCUAACGAUGUUUUCACAAAUACUUAAAUACAUAUCGGCAAUCAACCGCGAAGAGAAAAUGCAAUUAAUGGUCACUGAAACCGCAAGUACAGGUUUCAUGCUCGCAGGAAGCGUCGAGUCGCAAAAUAAUAGUAAUCCGUACUGUCUGCCGCCAUAGGUUUGAAAAGCAGCUUGCCAAAUUUUCGGACAUUUGUACAAAGCAGUGCUCACUCACUUUUUAAGGAUUCAGCCCGCGUAUUAUGUGGCAGAGAGACAGCAAGGCAAUAUUCGAUCGCUAGCUGAGACUGCGUUAGGUGGUGGUGCAGGACAACCUGAAGAGCGUAAAUUUGGCCUGAGAGUACAUACACUGAAGGAGUUUGAAGGGCACUACAUGAAGAAUUGGGAGGCUCAUUCAGAACAGGUUUACCGCGGCAGUGGCUCGGAAUGCCAGUUUUUUCUGAAGUUACAUCUCGUACCUCACCCCAGAACUGUUACGACUACAUUUAUCCACCAUAUGAAUCAGUGGCUAUUGCGUUUGAUCUUAUGCAGUACGACAAAAACCUUUGAUGCUACAACUAACCGAUCACCAUCCCCUGAUUAAAUUGCGCACCUAGUUGCCUUGAUUCAGAUAAACAGAAUGCUGUGAAUAAAAAGUGGUCUGGGUGUUCCGGUGGGAUUCUGUCAAAGAACGGACAUGGUUUGAUAGUGUGUUUUCGCCAUUUGUAACAGUCAGACUAGUGUCCGUGUAAGCUUAGGAAUAUAGCCGAAAUAAGUCGUCCGCCGUUUCACAGAUGUUUUGUCAAGAAAAAAAACUGCGGCACACAAAAAUAUAUCUGGCGUCAUUUGUUCAGUAGGUGUAUGUCUGCUCCUUAGCCUCGUUUAGACUUUUAGAUGUUAAAUGCACCCAAGCCCUGUUUAACAGCUUUUACUAAUUAAUUAAAUUUUGACUUACGAAUACAAUAUGUACAAAAGUUCGAAAAAUUGUCACGCAAGGACUGUUCCUCAACCCUAGUGAAGUCAAAAACCAGUCGUUAAUAUCAAGAGCUGCAAACUGUCAAAUAAAGAGAAACACCAAGUGUAACAGAGGUAUUGAAACUAUUAUCUACUGAGCAGUUAACAGUACAGCGUCGGAAGGUGUUACCGGCAGAAGGUAGGAUUGGUGCAAGGGUCGCAUUCGUUUCAUUGACUAGCAUCAACCGGUGAUAUCCAAACCAUUGGCAUGAAUGCGUUAAAAAUUUUCAGUCGAUUACAUUAGUUCCUUGAGAAUUCAUUUUCAACGCUCUGUCAACUUGAAAUACCGGUUUCGCCCUCUGUCCACUGGAAUCAGGAAUUUACAAAAUUAUAUGAGAGGGAAGUUCGCUGAUUUGCACUGGUUGCAUGAUGGGAGCUGACACCUCAAUUUUUACAGUGGAAUCCUGACCCUGCAGCUCACUGAAGCCCUGAGUGCGCAACUGCUCAUUGUAACGUAGAAUGCUAGAUAUGCUGUAGCCAGAAGCUUCCAUAUGACAGCAUAGGUAGAAAUGGCCCUCCUCAAGUGAAAAUAACUCCCCUUGCUGAAAACAUUGGAUUUUCCGAGUUCCUGCAACCUACUCCCCUCAUAAAAUGUGUUUGUCUACAAGCCAUGCAAAACAUCGCAAAGUGUUCGUUAAUGACACUAACAGAGAUACCGUACUUUGUCUCGUUAGUUGAUAAAGCACUUGUAAGUUAUGGUAACCUGUACAGUUUCUGGAAGACACAUUUUUUUCUGGGAAUUCUACUAAACACCAGUGUAAAAACGAGGAAAACAAAUUGCAUUGCUAUUAACGUCCAAACCUUAUUUGCUUUAAGAACACGCAAGCAUAGUCGACAUACGGCGUUAUUACCUAGCACAAAUCAAUGACAAAGGGAAUUUAGUUUCUGCUGAGCAGGUAAACUGUUUCAUCAAGGCAGACCAGUAUUCAUAAGUGAGUGUCCAGGCAAAAAUAACAACUUCGUCUAAAACUCAGUCAUCCAGUUUAUGAGAAAUCUCCUGAAUUUCUAUCUAUAUCCUCACGUAACAUGGAUGUUGUGACAAAAUGCAUUAAAAGUCAAAAAGAUAGUUGCAUUCCGCAUAUGGCUUAUUCGAAAUGAUAGAUAGUACGUGUUUUUAUUAUCUCUUCACUUAAAUAAAAGCUUCAUAGGCACGUCUGUUGGAGCCGGAUGAUAUGAAGUUACGCAUUUAUGUAAAUGAACCGUCAGAACAAGACUCCCUUAACUUGGCUUUCAAAAUUAAUAAAUAUCGGAAUCUGGAUCCCUUUUUGAAUAAAUCUUUGGAAUUGCUCGUUGCUCCCUCUAAUCUCGCGCGUAUGCGAUUUUGUUUUGAAGGCGCAUUUCUGGAGUUCCGCAUCAUAAUUACUAGCUCAUCCGAGAAAGUAGCGACGACCCUUGAGGUGUUUUAUCACUAAUUUUAUCCACAACACAAUUAAUCAAUCAGUCUAUUUCGAGAGCACUUAAAGACGCCAGUUUUUCUAUACCAAAUUAUUACACUUUCGGUAUGAGAUGGGCCAAAAUUUUCUGAAAAGAACACAUCAUUCUUCUCUAUUCAAAGUUCAUGACUUGGCUAGCACUUUACUUUAGGUCCAAAUGCAUAGGGAAGUAUGAUGAGUCUGAACUAGCUAUUUCUGACGCAUCUGCCCCUGAUAAAUAAUUAGGUUAGAGCUUGGACUAAGCGAACUUCCAUAUCGAAAAGAGAGUCCUUAAGAUCAACCCACCGGUCAACGAAAUCCUUAUUCCUUUCUUUUUGGCGUUUUACUGUCUUUCCUUCUCUUACAGUGAAAUCCACCGACAGUCUGACAGACGGCUCUCCCAUCCAAAGGUUUAAAUUCUUCAGGCACUCUGCCAAGCUUUGUCGGAAAGGUCAAAAACAAAGUCGACUCAACCCCAAACAGAAAAAGACACCUCACCACACAGGAUACUGCCGGAACGAAUCCCCUCUUUUUCAGAGAUCCUGGUGGAGCAGAGCCUGUGGGAUUUGCAGCUGCCUUUCGGCCCAACAGGACAACAAGCUAUAGUUGCAGUCUUCCCCAAAAUGAACACUUACGGCAGCUCAUCCUUUCAGCCUGUAAAAAGCACAAGCCCUAUUUGUUCUAAAGCACAGAUUUUGCGUCCGUCCGGUUCAGUAGGAUUCGCGUUUCGUAAAGUCAGGACAUUCUAUUGCAUGCUCUCAAGCAUGUUUAUAUAAUUUUAGAUGACUUGCAUAUGCAAGUAGCAUUAUGUCUUCGCAGAGCACAUAAAAAGGGAAAGCUCUUGCUGACUUCUUCUGCUUAUACUCGGCAGAUGUGACUUUUUCGUCUUUUCCUUAUGAGAUGUGUUUGCGUCUCAUAUUUUCCUCAACCAAAUCUGUUCCGGGAAGUCGAAGAAGAUUCAUGCAGAGCACAAUCGUGCAUCAUAUCACACGAACAUCUGUACAAAAAUAUACAUAAAAUACGUUAUACACAUAUAUAUCUUUCUGUUUCACUUAGUUUUUGGCUCAAAAUAUGAAAUGUAGUGGGUGUCGAGUACUACAGGAUGCUAACUUACGAAAAUGUUCUUUCUAGGAAACGAUGCAUAUCCGAGAGAUAUUUGAAAAAAAACAGAAGUGGUAGCAUGCCCAUAAUUCAGUGGAUGUUUUCCGAACAGUUGCAUCGCAGUAAGCGCAAACAUGCAGUAAGUGGGCUAACUCAUGGCAUGUCAAUCGAAAUUCCGAAAUGCGUUUUCGUUUCGAAAAGAUUAAUUAAGCAUGCUUUUGCUCAUUCGAUAGAUAAUUACGUCUUCUUCUAGUUUUACACUCGAAGGAAAGACAUAAUUCGGUUUAAGAAAAGUUUUCCAAUUCCCGAAUAAUUUUGAAUCCACUCUACCGUCACACUUGGAUUCAGGGUUUCGAAACUACAAGCCGUAUAUUUUCCGCGUACGGUAAACCACACAUUUCCCUAAGCUAAUAAAGGGGAACCAUAUAGGAUUCAUAGAAUUUAGCAGUGGACUUGAUUCAUAGUGUUAGAUUUACAAGCCAUAUUGGUAAAUGCAGAGACAUGCGUUUUAUGAACGGCCAUUUCACGGUAUUUAAAAGUCUCACAAUUAGAAACCUUUUUAAAAUCGAAUUAUGUCUCUUCUUCGAGUGUAAAACUAGAAGAAGACGUAAUUAUCUAUCGAAUGAGCAAAAGAAUGAAUAUGUUUAUGCAUUUUUUCCAUGAAAUAUAAUUGGACUUUUAGGGGCAUCGAAUAUCAAGGAGAAAAAUUCAUGCUACAUAAGUAGUCAUUUUUACAGAGUGUCGUUUUGGCAUGCAGCCGGAAGGAAGUUCGUUCGAAAGUUGGUAUCCUGAGGUAACUGAAAUAUUAUAGAAUUAUGUUGCAGGCUGACUAGUUUUACUAGCAUGCUUAAUUAAUCUUUUCGAAACGAAAACACAUUUCGGAAUUUCGGUUGACAUUCCAUGAGUUAGCCAACCCACUGUAUUCUCACCAGGUAAAGUGUUGUUUGCGUCCAUAUUUCUCUGUACACAUAGCAGAAAUGGCCCUCUUUAGUAGUACAUAAACAAAAUCUAGGAAUUUCUUUCCGUUUAGCAAGAAGGCUGUUAAACAAAUAAUAUAUAAGCUUUACUAAAUCUGCAACUGCGAAAAUUUUAGUAUACAUGGAACAGGUAAGUAGUGAGCGUAAUCAGGAGCGGCGCCAUCGAUUAUUGCUAAAAAUGGAUGAAGCAAUGACUUUUCUAGUUCAUUAGUUCUUUGAAAUGAGUAGUACUCGGAGAAAAUUCUUAAAGGGCAAAUCAGAAAAAAAAUGAUUUAAGAAAUGAAGAACGGAAACUGAUAGACGUCAAAGAAGGCUUAUCAGGAUUUUUGGUGGUUCCAAAGGAAGCCAGUAAACAACAACUAAUAAUCUGAAGAAGAUAUGCUGUAAAACAUGGAAUUUAAUGAAAUUAAUUUUCGGAUACACGAGCACAUUUAGGCCCAUUGAAAAAGAGCAGUAGGAUCUACACUUGAGCAUACUUCUUUUCGACAUUUUACCUUAGCUCACUCAUGCAUAAAGUAUUGUCCGGCGACUCCUUCCUCAGAGGAAAACUGAAGAUUAGUACAACAAUGAGUAGCCACACUUGUCAAAAUAUGAUCAAUAAUCAACUAAAAUAAGAGCGUCAAUUCGAUUGUCGCAAACGAUGUUGCCAUCGUGUGCUGAACAUCACAGCUGACGCAGAAAAGUGAUUUGCACGUGAAUCAGUUUAUAGCGAUGGCAGACUUGCGCUGCAUUUGCCACAGUCUCCCCUCCCACACUCACCUGAGCCCGGUGAAAAAGCUAAUUCAGCGCCACCCGAGGCGGGAUCGGACGCAGUAGCCGGUAAAACAUGCGGCAUGGGCGCUACACAAUGUACCAGGUUUUCACGGAACAAAAGAAGGGUGCCUCAGAUCUCACAUCCAUGAGAGUGAGAUGAAUACUGCAUUAAGAAGAACCCAUUGAGUCUGCCCCUCAGCAAGCCAGCCACUCACCUCCCAUGAACAUACGGUACUGACUACGAGGGUCUAGUUGUCCCGUCAUUUGGCGGCCUUCCAGGUCACGUCGUGAUAGCUUCAAAGUGCGUCAGAUUUAUUAUAAGGACCAGUACGCUGAUGUGUUACAGGGAUGGAGUCCCUGGAGUCGACCCCUCCCUUCUCUUAUCAAUCCACUAGUUUACUAUCCGAACCGGAACUCUCAAUUAAGAACGGAAUGUGCAUGUAAGAAGUCAACAGUCCGUGGAAGUAAGAUGACAACAAAAGUGGCGAGUGGAGAAAUGUUUUGCAGUCAUAGUUCUCCUUUGAGACGACUUUCGUUGUCGGGUGGAUGACUUCCUAUCAUUCUUCCACAGAGUUAAAGCCUGAUGUAGAAAUUUAGACAGCAAGCUCGGAGCUGGAGGCAGGUGUGAGGGAGGCACCGAGGUUCCAAGUAUCACUCACCACAGAAGGUCGCUAAAAUUCCAUAUUAGAUGGGGAGUUUAAAGUCUAUCUGACAGUUUGACCGUAGUUAUCAACGACGUCCGUGACAUGGCCUACAGUUGGAUGGUUGGAGGGAUAGUGACUUACUCGAAAGCUAGUUUAUAGUGCUGGUAAACUUGCUCAAUAUGCACUUCAAUCCCCUCCUAGACCCACCUGGGCUAGGUGGCAAGACAGAGUCAAGAAGGCCGGAGGCGGGAUAAGGCGCAGUGGCUGACAAAGCUAAAAAGCACAACUGCGCGUGUCAGACACGCCUGGUUGGCGCACGAUGGACCAGGAUUUCACCGAAACGAGAAAGAAGCAGCUCGAACCCCCAGCUGAGUGGGAAUGCCGUAGUGGCCGAAUUAGGAACGAGCCUUUGCAGUCUGAUCAGCCCCAGAUCAUGACCCAGUUUUCCUGUCAGUGGGCGACAGUCGAAACCACAGCUUUUAACGCACCGCAGUGAACGUCUGUUCAAUGAUCCAAAAAAUAUUCAGAUCAGCUCACGAGGCAUUCCGCUCCCCCCCCCCCCUCUUGUGAGAGUACGCUAUCGGCACGCGCCAAAGCAUAGUACAGUGAUCGGGCUAGCGCAUGUGAGUGUCUGCAAAAAGAGCAGGAUCAGCAGAUACGCGGCCAGUAUUCGCUGAAACUAUUUCUGACAGGUGUCGGGUUACUAGAAAAUAUACAAUGCUUUACUUCGUAUAUUGAAAAUAUCGACGGCAGGCAUGAUGGUUUCUGAACGCGGUGUCUAGUCAGGCGGAAAAUUCCGAUGAAUGAAUUACUUGGCUAACUCUUUUCUAGUACAUCCACGAUAUUACAUUUUAAUGGGCCAGCAGUGCAUACUAGUCAGUUUUAUUUUGAGACUCCGCUUCUGUAGUCUGAGAACUUCGUUGCAUUUAAAAGAACAUUUUUUUGAAAUAUCAGUCUAUUUCCGUAAAGUUGGCUUGAAAAUAGUGUCUAAAGACAGUUGAGCUUGACCAAUACAUUAAAUUUUUACGUAUGAGUACAUCAAAUGACGUUUGAUGCAGCCUUCGGAAAUAUUCCACAAGUUUAGGCGUUCAAAUGUGUGUUUCAUUUGUUAAAGUCCCGACCAAGUGGUCGAGGGCAUUUCAUGAAGUCCUGGUUUACCGUAAACGGUGAGGUAGCCUAAAAACCAAUAUGUUCGGGAAAACGACAAAUAUGACGAGGGGGCUGGGUUUUUAACGACAGCCACUCAAUCGGCCACCGAUUCAAUUGUGUGGAUGAGCCACACCGGCCUUUUAAGGCGCCUUUGUGAGGAGGAGUUUGGCAACUCUUAAGCUUGAAUAAUCGAUAUACGUUCAACGAGUAUUUCUCGUAGGGGGAUAAUGACAACUUCGCCAACCAGUGCAUGCAGAAUCAGGCUGAACGAGACAGCGAAUUUUCCCGGCACUUCCCUACACGAAGAGUUACUGAGAAAUAGGCAUCCGCCUCCUCACGCCACCCGCAACUUGGGCCGAGGGAUCCGGCGACGCAGUGAGAAACAUCUGAAUCUGAUGUACUUGCAACUACAGACAAGUUAAAUGCUUGAGAAUUAUCUCAGAGCCUAAUGACCCACCACAGAUUAUUAUCGAGGCGGAAACCGUCAGGUAUCCAAUUACAUAUAAGUAAAUGGGACCUGGCAAACUUUCAAAUUCAACAAGCUCGAAAGUCUUGAGCCAUAAUUCUCUCGGCAAGGUUUUUCAACAAACGCGAUCACCUCCUUUCUCUCCACUUAAAUGGUGGGAGCACGAAUGAGUAUUGGCUCAGCUGAUAACAAUGGUAAGCCAAUGUGCGCCAACCACGAAAACCCGGAAUCAAAACACGGCUGCCGUCUACUCAUAUGUGCUAACCGAAAGAUAGCCGCACCAAUGAGGAACAUCUGCGAUUGAACAACUAAUUUCAGUGACUCCAUGGUCCCAAUGAAACUGCUGCACAUCUAUACUUCGUACUUUUCUUCGUCAGUUGCCCCUCUCUACGGCUGUCUCGAAUUACGGCUUCAAACGCAAAUUCAAAAAGUUAAGGAAAUAAAUUUCACGUUCCAGCGGCCGAAUAGCCUUUCUAGUUGACAAUAAAUCAAGCUGCCGAAGGUGUCAUAAGGAAAAAAGAUCUCUGCCAGAAAUCUUUUUUGACGUCUCGAGAUUGCAUGCCAGGAAUUUGUUCUUUACGGUAAUAUGAGGAAGGGCAGAAUAGCAAAGGGCAAACAGUCAACAAUCUGAAUCCUGAUCUCCUGACGGUCCUCAACCCUCUCCUCCAAUUCGUUUUUUGCUUGCAUAUUUGGUAGGCUGCAGACAGCAACAACGCCGAUGAGGCCAAAGCGUCGUUCUUAUCAGUGGGUCAUCGAGGAAUACCUCAAGCUUGGAUCGGUAAGGCGUAUAGUUCACUUUAAGUGUAUACAGUGAGACACCGACGCGAUUGAUGGUUUGCAAAGGGUUAAAAUAAACCCAACGGUCUGAUUUUGAUAUUCUGAGUAAAUAAAAUGUGUUCUUAUUUUGGAAUGGACAAUAUUCCUUUCGAAAUCCCUCGCCACCACAACACAUUUCGGGCGAAAAUGCAGCAGGUAAAGUGAGAACUCCGUUUACUUCAAGGGCACAGAAGCGCGGACGAUGUCAUUAAGGAACAUUAAAAAGUGGGAGCACAUUAGUUUGUUUGCCAGAUGGUGACAUAGUAUUAAAACUGAACAUUUAAAAAUCAAAAUAUGCUGCUUAUACAUAUGCAUAGUUUUAUGUGCACUGACCAUAACAUUGAAAGUCUUUAGAAUCGAAAGAUUCGCGGCUAUAAUGCGAUCAACAGUUCUAAGUCGCUGAACAUUUAAAAGACGGUAUCCAAUCUUUGUUUUUGCUCGAAAGCCAACACCAAGCAGACUGCUUUCACAUACGCCUGGCCAGUUAUCAAAAACUGGAGGUACCUCCAAAAUGAAAAAAACGACUUUGGAAGUUUCAUUGGAGGUCAUAUUAGCUUUAGAGCCAACUCAAAAAGCUACGUCAAAUGGCAUAAUCCCUGAUAACUUACCACGUUGCUUUCGCAGAUUAGUACUCCAGUUAAAGCAGAGACUUUGUCUUAAAAUAAUUAAGGUAGCAAUUUCGUCUCUGUGGUGUGCAAUUGUGGACAAAAACUUAACUUCUCCUUUUGUUAUUCAGUCGGUACGUUUAAUCUAAUCGGGGGAAACCUAAAAGACGAAAGGAAGACAUGCAAGCGAAAUCUGAUGGAGGCCCUCUUUUCUUACACGAUUGCUGGGACUCUUCGUAGCUUCUUUUUUCUACUAUUUAAUCUUUUGAUUAAUGAUAUAUCCCAAGUCCUGAAAUAUGGGAAGGCCUGCAAUAGAGGCUGUGAUUAAACGUGAUAUUUUGCGGGACUUGGAGAAAAGUAAUUUUUGGUAGUUUCAUUGUUAUACAGAGGUGUACGACACGUGCAAACAGGCGCAAAGAAAUAACGUAUGAAUUAUGACAUCAACAUGCUAUACUAGGAACGUAACCUAUAAACGUAGGUGAACUCAACAAGAAAAGACUAAGGCUAUAUGAAGUUAAUGACAUGACCUCAUUUAAAAAAGCGAUCAUCAGACAUUCUCUCCGAAAAAUAAAUGUUUUUCUGAACAUUAUUUCGAGACACUUGUUCUUCCUUACACGCCGUCGCUCUGCAAAGUCGUACUGUAACUCGUACUGUAACCCUUCACUUUGAUGGAAUGCAAGUACUUGACAAUGUAACAUGCAGCAUAAUCAGAAAAACUGAGCCUACGAUAAAACUGCCCUUGGACAGCAAAAGUUUGCGAUUCCUUAAUUUUCGAAUUUUAUAAAAAAUUCGACUAGGGACCAUGCACCUGUCUCAUCCCGUUUUAUUUAAAAGUUCAAGUUAUUAAACGUAGGAGAUCCGGGUCGAUAAUCUGAGGAAAAACAGAAGUGCUCACAGGAUCAAGGGAACUGUAUUGUUGAUGUUUCAGAGAGGCUGGCCGGCUCUUCACUAUCAAAGCGUUUAGUGCAAAAAUGUACCAGAAUUUUGAAUAAACGGUCAAGUUGUUGGCCUUGGGCUGAUCGAAUGAAUGUCAAUUAAAUAAUCUCAACUAAAGUGACCUGAAUAUUAUUUCACUCAAGGAUCUCAUAGCUCGAAGGCAUGAUAUUUGUUUAAAAAGAGUAUUUAUAAAUUGGCCACAUAUGAUGUUGUUUGUUUGGUAGUUUUGCUUCCAUCUUUGAGCGUUUGAGGAAUUCAAGCGAUUUGUGUGAUCGAAAUUAUCCCCAUCAAAAUCGUGGCUGGAUGUUUUCUUAACAAAGAAAAGGCAAAUUAAAAAAUCGAACAAAUUGCUAAGGGCAGUUUUCUCCUAGACUCAGCUAUUCUGAUUAUGCUGCAUGUUACAUUGCCAAAUACUUACCUUCCAUCGCCAUAAAGAGUGCCGUUCACAAAAUGUACACCCUCAAAUUAACAAGGACGGAUAUGUUAGUAUGACGUCACCCGUCUCAUUUGCAGUUAUUAUCUAUUCAGCGAACGUACAAAAACUCAGAAAAUGGGCAGAAUAUUUCACCAAUUACUGAGCUUUCUUAUUUUAAGCUAAAAAUUCUUUUUAUGAGUCUGUUUCGUCGAAGUCUUUGAUCAGUGAGGAUUUUUCGUCGCAUUUUUCCGACUACAGAGGAAAAGUUCAUUGGUGGAAUUGCCUAAAUUGAAAUGAAUUAUAAGAAUUUAGUGCAAUUAACCUCUUCUGAAGAAUCUUGCACCCAAAAUGCUUUCCAGUUGGCCCAAUUAAGUUGGCGAGAAAAAAGAAACCCAUAAACUCUAAGACUUCGGCAUGUUGAAGGAAGGAGACGGGGUGGCUGUUAAUCCGAGGUUGGUACUAAGAGGUUUUUUUCCCUUACGUUUUUUCUUUCGUUGCUGAGAGGAAGCAAAGAUAUGGGAAGGGAUGGCUAAAGCGAGUAAACAAAUAAAUCAGACACAAGCAAACAAUUUUCUGUCUUCCCUCGUCAACUUUGUUAAUUUGUCAGCUUGUUAGCUCACUAUCAUUUGAGAACAUAACUCCAUUGAACAACAGUCCUCCUUGAGGAAGGAGACACGAUCCUUGCACAAUCAAUGCUUAACCGGACAAAGACGAUUGUCGGCUGAAUGAAAUUUCAAGAAAUUUGAUAAUCAGUAAACGUCGCUUUCAUUAAAGCCCCCUCUUUGUUAAGAAAACACCCAGCUUGGAUGUCCAUGGAGAGAAGUCCGAGCAUACAAAUCGCUUUAAUUCGCCAACUGCUCAAAGAUGGAAGCAAACCAACCAAACAAGCAAUGUCACGUGUUACCACUUUAUAAAUACUGUUUUUUUGUUGAAUAUCACGCCUUCGAUCUGUCUGAGACCUUCGAGUGGAAUAACAUUCAGGUCACUUUAGUUGAGAUUAUUUAAUCGACAUUCAGCAAAUAUCACUUAGUCGGGGUAUGUUUACUAAUUCCUUUGUGAGGAUAUCACUUGACAAGACCGUACUGAUAGAAAAAAACGGGAUAUCAGGUAAUGCGCUUGGCAGUUUGCUUUAGAGCUUGACAAAAGGGCAAGAAAGCACCUUGCGUUAACAUUCAGGUAACAUAACUACCUACUACUGGCUGAGUGCUAUGAGAGGAACAAGCCCCCGAAGUCUGACCAUCUGCUCGAGCUUCUGCAACACUGCUUCCAGACCUAUUUCACCUUUGGUGGGCAAAUUUACGAACAAAUUAAGGGGACUCCUGUGAAUUCCUCUUUGUCAGGCCUAAUUGCUAAUAAUAAAACGGAUAGAAAACUUAGUGUUCACCAAGUAUCAACCAAAGUUCUGGCCCGCUAUGUCGAUGACACCUUCGUUCUUGUCAAAACAACUGACACUAAACACCUAAAAGAACUACUGAACUUGGUUAAUCCGGAUAUUCAAUUUACGAUGGAAGCAGAAACAAACAGCCAACUCUCCUUCCUUGACGUACUUGUGCGCCGGUGUACCACUGGACAGCUGCAACCUACAGUAUUCCGAAAAUCCACCAACACGAGACAGAUCCUACACUUCAACAGCAACCAUCUUCUGCCUCACAAACGUAUAUGUGUCCGAACUCUAUUCCAAAGAGUUAAAACACACUGCGACACGCCGGAAGAUAAAACGGUCGAACGAAUGUACUUUCAGGACCUCUUUGCAGCCAGUGGUUAUCCCAGACCUUUCAUGGAGAGAAGCAGGCGCCGAGUGCACAGACGACCGUCAAAUGGGUAACAAACUGAAGCCUAGCGGGCCAUUCCUUACGUUAAAGGGGUCUCAGAGGCGGUUUCUUUACCGUUACAACCCGCCAGAGUAGGAAUAGCCCACCGACUCCAAGUAACAAUUCGACGCUGUCUGAUGCAACCAAAGAACACACUGCCACCCGCUGAAAUCUCAGGAGUUGUCAACAAAAUAAGUUGUAAUGAGGGCAACUGCGACUGUGUUGGAGAAACCGGGCAAAAAUCGCGGCUCGGAGACUAGGUCCAAACUCUAGAAUAGCAACUCACGUUGGAGAAACUGGGCCUACCUUCGAUCUCUAGAGAGCUACCAUCUUAGGCCGGGGAAAAACAAAAGCAGAACGGCUAACGCUCGAGACUUAGUACUCCGAUGCCAGCUCUAUCAACAGGCAUCUGGACUUUCCUGCAGCCUACAAAGUCCUACGUCGUCACGCCCGUAGAGCUCGUGAUCAAGUAACAACACAGGACUUAAGAAGGUCAUACAUAGGCCGAUGGCGAGUCUACUCGAAGAGGAAGAACCACCAGACUGAUCACCCGACGAAGCGGUGACUCCCAAACCAUAGAUAAAACGCCCGUCCACCAUCCCCCGAGAGGCCGAGACAGCGAGAGAAAAGAAAAAUCGACCAACAUGAGGCCGACCAACGCGACAUGCCACUUGGAAUUUCUGGUCGAUUAAGUGUACUUUACGCUUUGACAAUUGGGAGCUGACCAAGUUCUUCGAAACGUCAGUACCUAAAUAAACCCGUUCCGGUAAGCCGAUCUUUUUCUUUAAAUCAUCAACCCGGAUCUCUCAGCUUUGACAACCUGAGUAACUUAGGCAGAAUGGUAUUACCGACAAAGACAAGGGAGCGCCCCCUACCACUGAGUAACUUAGCUGACUUUUCUAAAACUAAUAGGACGUAGCAAGAGUGUCUAGAAGUAUGGAGCCUCCUACCAGAAUACUGCUGAUUGGAAAUUUGUAUAGAUUGUUUCUAAGAGAUAUUCUCAAUUGUAUAUUUAAAGCUAACAAGCAGACCCAAUUAUACUUGUGAAACCAUCCAUUUACCUCUUAAAACCGUUCAUGGCUGAAAAAAAUCGCUAACAAAACCGAGAAGUCUAUUUCUCUUAGCACAAUUCUCCUGGCUAAAAAUGUUAAAAGUACUGCCUAGUUUAGAUGAGUCCGCACACACAAUUUGGAAGCACGAAAACCAAUCACUAACAAGAAAAAAUUUUAACGUUACAUUCAGAUACCAUCGAACCAUGGGCAAUUCGCGACGUAAAUUACAUGACGUCAAGCGAAACAGGAGCAGAUUGGAGAUAAAUUACACUCCUGGGAUCAUGACAAUUUCUGCAUUCGGGUCAUUUUUUGUUACUAUAAAGUGUCACCCAUAGAAGCGUUCUGGUAGCAGUUGGACCGGAAACCCGGCAGAUUAUAUUCAUGGCUUCUAAAGCUCAAAUAUGUACAUGGUCAAAAGAGACUACAAGCUCUGUAAAGUUGACUGUUCUGAAAUGUGAAAGUUAGGCAAUCUAAAAACUGAUUCAUUUACGACACACGCUAAAAGAGCAGUCAAACCCAUUUCCGACGGACUGGAAUAUUUAAAGUGUAUACAAAAUCUUGAAACAAAAUAUGAACCAAUUUCUGGUAUGACAUAUUUAUGGUAUUAACGCAGUUUGUCGGAACGUGACAUCGCAAUUGCGAAGACAGAUAUUGAGCAAGAAUACACCUUUUCAGUGGAUACCUUAUCGAUAAUUUUAGGUAUCAGUCGACAUAUGGAAAGAAAACGUGUGCGCUUUGAAGCGGUUGAGGGGAUUCCCAAUCGGUGUAACCGCGACCUCGGAGAAACCGCCUAGCUCUCUUCUGAUGUCACAUUCAUUAAUGGUCCUGUUUGGAUACUCAUCGACCUUAGCUUCGUUUCAUUCAUGAAAUCCUCCCUCUUCUAGGCGAUCUAAUGAUUCCCUUCAUAACGAGGUUGCUUCCGAAAUUACCGCAUUAAGGAGAAGAUAGAAGUAGGAAGGAAGAGGGAAAAAUUGUCAAGGGUGCUGCCUUUUAUGUUUUUAAAUCAAGCACACAUAACGUACCUUUUACUUCUUAUCAGAUAGCUGGCUUGCACAUUUGGUCAACUAGAGUAUAUUCUCUCACGGCUGUAGCCGUUAAUUGCAAUUGUGGUGGCGUCAUAUGGGAUUGCCGAUCUAGCCGACCACAUAUUCAGACAAAUGCCACAAGAAAUCAUACAGGAUUCCACAGGAAUCGACACAUUUUAUAAGGCCUCCUUUAUCCUUUCUACACCGGACUCUUACAAGCAGAGAACUGCUGCUAUUUUAAAGUUGCUUUAUUCCCAUUCAAAGUCAGUAACUAUAUCAAAAAAUGCAACUUUGUAACCGAUGAAGAAUGGAAUGUUCACCUUUGGGUCGAUGGACAGUUAAAAGGAUAUACGGACGAUGUUGACAUGCUGCGUCGGCUGCUGGCGACGUCCUGCCCUGCAUCCUCGUCCACGUAGAAGUCGUUUGAAACAUUCGCGAGAGCGCUCCCACCGACCGGCUGGCAUGAGUGGAUUAGUUGGCCGUCCUGGCUACUCAACUGUCUCGCCGUCGACUACAUUCGCUUGCACACCCUCCUAAUCAUCCUCCUCCUCCUACUUCUCUCUUGUCUGGCAUAUUUCCCCCCCCCCUCCUCCUCCUCCUCCUCCUCCUCUAGCCCUGCUGGUGAGAUUUUUUCCCACUGAGGCCUCCUGUGGGGUGGCUGCAUCCAGCAGAACGAUGAAGCAGAAGAGGGAGAAGAGAAGAAGAGGAUGCCACCGCAGUCCUGAACAGUUUGCAGACAUGUUAGUUCUCCUAUAGAUUGAAGGAAUCCGCAGCAUUGGCUGCCUUUUAUACACAUUUCGGCAGCUGGCGCCUUUAUUCGCGCAAACAGGAGGUGUCUGAGAGUGGGCGGUUUUGCUGUGACCUGGCCUACGCAAGCACAUGUUUAUGUGUUCAACAAAUGAUCCUCUCAUGUCAGUUUGUCUACUAACCAGUAAAUCUAAUUAGUUAUGUCAGAAGAGUGGCCGGAACAUGUUAUGUGAGGUUCGUUGGGGCGUUUAAUAUUCCCAAAGCAACACCCAGACUUGGGGCACAUUCAUAAACAACUCUUCAUUCUGGCAGUGCUAAGCAAAAGACUAGGAAGGAGACAUUGAAACAUGAGUAACGAUUGCCAACAGUAGUGAGAAUACGAUUUUGAGGUUUAAUUACCGAGCGAUUUAUCGGCGGAUUACAAUAUCUAGGAACCUGAUAGGCCCACCGCGUUCCAACGGCAAGACUACGUCAAGGCCUUUGGAUGUUUAUGUGCGCGCAAUGGCUGACAAAUCUAAACAGUUCUUCUGCGCGUAUCGCACACUACCAGGUCGAAACAUUGCAUACGUUUAAAAAUGCCUUUUUACUUUCGGUAUCUUCAGUUCAAUCCAUAAGAGACGCACGCCCUAUGUUGUAAAUAUCAGAACUCUUAUAUAAUUACAGGUCUUGAAGGCUACUCUGCAGUUUGGGGUCCAUUGUGACAUUUAUCCACAGUAGUCUGUUUUGAUUGCUUUCGUAGGAUGACACAAAACGACUUCAUACCGGCCAAGAAUAUAAGCUUCUUAUGCGCUUUUUUCGUCGUAUUUGCUUAAUUCUAGACCUUAUUCAGUCGAUUUGAGUAAGCUAGGCCACGACACUGGUAAUAUUAAAAUAUAAUUCAAGUGACAUAUGGGGAAUCCUUUCCAUUUUCAUAUUACUCAUUUACUUAGUAAUAGACGGGGCAAAACCACCUCUGUUUAUGCCAAAAGUGAAAGAAUGCUACCUGCUAGUAUUGUUACUUUGUAGGGUAUAGGCACGCCCAGAUGUUGCAAUUAGGAAUGCUUACUGUCGAAAUCCUCCUGCUUUCUUGAAGAUGGUGAAAUUAUCCUUACAGUGUCUAAACGGAUUUGUGACGGAAAAACUGAUAAAAAGGCAGAAGACAGUUUUCCUAAGCUUUUCAAGUCUGACUUAGCUGACAUAAUUGGGUGUACAGCUGUGAAGACCCUGUCGAACGCGUUUGUCUAUGCGGGCAAUCUUUUGGUUAUAUAGAAGCGCCUAUUUCGGCUGAAAUACCUUUUUAAGUUAUAACAAAGUUAAAGUAUUCUGAGCGAAAAAUUUUUAUGUGCCGCGUUGGGUACUUUAGAACACAUCAAUCGUGUUCAACCACUUGCACCGCCUAAUGCACUUCCGCUUGAUGCGAGCGUAGCAGCGCCUGACUUAGCUCCCGAUGUUUCAGCGAUAUGCUUCUGUAGGCGACAAAAUUAGGUAAUCUUGAUGGCCAAAGCUUAGGUAGUCAAUUCGGGGUAUCUUGAAGUUCCUAAGAUCUGCUUAGUAACUGAACCCGUUUUUUGCCGAGCCUUUCCCCCAAACAAAAUGUGCUUACAAGUUUUUUUUUUAUCAAAGAAGCGGCCAUUUUAGAUAGAAAUAAUCUUCUCUGUAGACCAAAUUCGCCUGCCUUUACGUGUUUUGCUAGUCGAGAGAGUAAAUUAAAAUGAGAAAGGUUAAUUAUGACUUUUUUUGCCAACUUACAGUUUCACUGUUUUCCGUGAUUCAAAAUUUGAGUAGCCGUGCUAUUUUCAAAAAAGGGAAAUCCUUCUUCGAAAAUUUCAAAUAGUAGCUCUGUUCAACUUUGUUCCUCAGCUCCAAAAGGCCGUCUCUUCUCUUGCCAUAAUCGAAGACUUUAGCCUUUACAAGUAUUCACGAUUUGACUUUUGGGAACAUGACACGUCUUAAUUGCAGUUAACAUAUGACGACUGACUGAAUGGAUAGCUGAUAUUCAACCCAGACAAGUUGUGGAUAACCACUUUGCUUUGAGAAAUGUAGACGUUUUUCUGCUGAUUCGUAAAUAUGAGCAAUGUCAUGCCUUACAAUAUGAUAAUAACACCAACGAGCAAUAUUCGUAUUAUCAAACGGGUGGUUUUUAAGCAUGUAUACAUAUUCUAGAAGCGACCCAAAAGCCCACCAACAGAAUAGUUUGUUGAAAUAUUGAGUCCAUGGUAAGAUGAUUAACUUUCAAUAAUAUUCUACUUUCAAAUGUAUGCAUAUUUACCGUGAUAUGAAUUUCUUGAAAUGCCGCCUUAAUCGGUUCCAAAAUAAAGAGAAAACAGAGUUAAUUUUGAGUAUGGCUAUAAUAGCUUCAGUAUCAGUCAGUAAAGUGCAUUAAUCGGCGAGAAGUUUCAUUUUUCUCUCAUACUUUAAUUGCUAAAAAUAAAGAGGAUGUGAACCGUCAUCUGCGAAACAGUCUAGAAAGGGGGCUGCAAAGAAAGAACUAGUUAGAUCCUUUCCUUAUCAUCACGGGGGUUUUCAUUGCAGGCCUUUAUGAAAGACCAUCAUUUUCCUCCACGAUGAGGUUUCCCGUGCCUAUGAGCAUACGAACAAUGCUCAGACUGUCAUUCCCGGCAAAAAACUUUUUGAGAACUCCAUACACUAGUGAGAGCUUUUAGGAACCCCCUAAUUAUUAGACUUUUUAUAGUCAAAAAUAGCAAAAACUAUCUUUUCGGAGAAGAAAAAUAGAGCACCAAAAACUUAAAGCAUCCACUGUCACUUCAAUGACGUUUAGAGAUUCAACGGAUUACAUCGUCCGCAAAAAGCAUACACCAAUUUUUACUAUAAAACAUUCGCCAUCGGCGCGGGAAAUUGCAGGCUUGAUCGACCGGUCUCCCACAUGCGACUCAGGAAAACUUCCAUUCAUCCUACGAUUUUAAUCAUAAAAUCUAACAAAAUAUAUCUCCACUGAAUUAUUUACACCUCGAACAGAGCUAAAACAAAGGAUUUAAAGUUUACUCGUUCUCUUGAAAUAAGGCAGUUGAUUUGUCAUUAUACUGCGUCUUGGAGAAUGCUUAGCUCAAGAAUUACCUAAAAUUGUCUUUGUUAUUUUUCCUGUUAUAUUGUUCUGCUCACCCAGUUGUUUGCACGAUUAUGCACCGUGCACUUUUACAGAUUAGAGUAAAUUACUCGACACGAGUUUUCAAUUUUCUACAAUUCUACUGUCACAAAAAUUGCUAUUUUCGACCGGCGCAGUACUACUUUAACGUUUGUAUGACGCUAUCUAUGUUAUUGAAUUGAUGGUCGCUUGAUUUUAAUUGGGUUUUAGAGACGAUGGAUUUGUCACGGUUCUCGAGGUAUCAGGACUUUUUCGGAAAUAUAUCUGAAUUUCACGAGGUUGGUAACCUACGACAGGUUGCCGAGUUUUCUGUAAGUUGUCGUGGAAAACCUUGCGACCCAUAAGGCUUCAGGUUAUCUUACUUAGUCUAAUGCGCUGAGACAUGAAAAGUUCGACCUUCGCGCUCACUUCCGCGAAUCCUUCCAGAGGAUUUUCGCUCAAGAAACCUUCCAAGUCAGUCUUUAUUUUCAUUGUCAAACACUUUUCCAUUUUAAGUUCUGCAAUAGGUGAGCUAACUCACGAAAUGUCAACCGAAAUUCCGAAAUGCGCUUUCGUUUCGAAAAGCUUAAUUAAGUAGGGUUGUAAAACUAGUCAGUCUGCAACAUAAUUCUAUAAUAUUUCAGUUACCUCAGGAUACCGUUACACUUGGAUUCAGGGUUUCGAAACUACAAGCCGUAUAUUUUCCGCGUACGGAAAACCACACAUUUCCCUACGGUAAUAAAGGGGGCCAUUCGCAGAGACCAAUGGAGUGAAGCAGGGCUGCGCACUGGCGCCUACCCUCUUCAGUCUUAUGUUCUCUGCCAUGCUGAUGGACGCCUAGCGCGACGAACGCCCCGGGAUCCGCAUCGCCUACAGGACAGACGGUCACCUUCUGAAUCAACGGCGGAUGCACUUCAAAUCGCGCGUAUCCACAACCACCGUGCACGAACUCCUCUUCGCCGACGACUGCGCCCUGAGCACCACCUCGGAAGAGGAAAUGCAACGCAGCAUGGACCUAUUCUCCGCCGCCUGCGAGAACUUCGGUCUGGUCAUCAACACACAGAAGACGGUGGUGAUGCACCAACCGCCACCCAACUCGGCCACAGCCCCCAACGCGCCGCCGCAAAUCAGCGUGAAUGGGACCCAACUGCAAGUGAUGGAGAACUUCCCGUACGUGGGCAGUACCCUCUCCCGCAACACCAAGAUUGAUGACGAAGUCGCCAACAGGAUCUUGAAAGCCAGUCAAGCCUUCGGUCGCCUCCGAAGCACAGUUUGGAAUCGUCAUGGUCUCCAACUGAGCACGAAGCUGAAGAUAUACAAGGCCGUCAUCCUGCCGACGCUUCUGUAUGGAGGGGAGACUUGGACGGUGUACACGAGGCAGGCACGUCGACUGAACCACUUCCACCUCAGUUGUCUUCGUCGCAUCCUGAGGCUGAACUGGCAGGAUCGAAUCCCCGACACUGAUGUGCUGGAACGGACGGGAAUCCUCAGCAUCUACGCCAUACUGAGGCAAAUUCAGCUGCGCUGGAGCGGCCACCUGGUGCGCAUGGACGACGAGCGACUACCCAAACGACUCUUCUACGGAGACGUCGCGACGGGUUCUCUCCGUCAAGGAGGCCAGAUUCGCCGUUACAAGGAUACUCUGAAGUCCUCCCUGAAGCGCCUGCAAAUCAACCCCACCAUCUGCGAGAAGCUCGCACUCGAUCGACCGACCUGGAGGAGGACAGUGAAGACAGGCGCUGUGAUCUACGAAGCCAACCGCAUCGCUGCCGCCAAAGUGAAACGUGAAGCCCGCAAAUCCCAACUUCGCCCAGUAAGCAACGCCGCCGCACAACCUCGCCCUACGUGUCCUCGAUGUCAACGGACAUUCCGGGCUCGAAUCGGACUUGUUGGACAUCUUCGGAUUAACUGCGCCUCUCGAACGGCACCAACCAUCGUCCCCCCGCCUGCCUCUUCCUCCUCCUCCUUUUCGCCGCCAACUAACUCUGACAAUUCUUCUGACCCACCACUUCCAUCAUCAUCAUCAUCAUCAUCAUCAUCAUCAUCAUCAUCAUCAUCAUCAUCAUCAUCAUCAUCAUCAUCAUCAUCAUCAUCAUCAUCAUCAUCAUCAUCAUCAUCAUCAUCAUCAUCAUCAUCAUCAUCAUCAUCAUCCGCCACUGCCCCAGGGGCGGCCGCUCAGGCGACUGUCCCACGCACAGCAACCGACACUACCACCACUUCCCCCGACUCCAGGGAUGAGGAUCAGGACUACAUCUGCCCUCACUGCGACCGUACCUUCACCUCACACAUCGGCCUGGUCGGUCACUUGUGAAUCCAUCGCACAGAGCCUGACGAACCAGGGCGUGAAACACCAACCUACACCCACCGCACUCGCCUCCACUGCCCACACUGCCCUCGCGCUUUCAGGCAUCGCAUGGGCCUUUUCGGCCACAUGCGCAUCCACGAGAGCGGCCUUGACCGCACUCCCGACACACCCACCACAUCCAACACAUCCACCGUGCACACCCCCACUCUCGUUCCAUCCGUACGCGACACCACCACCACCACCACCACUACCGCCACCACCACCACCACCACCGCCUCCUCUGUAGCUGACACUGGCACCGCCGACUUCUCAUGCCCACACUGUCCACGCACAUUCACCUCACGCAUCGGCCUGGUCGGUCACUUGCGAAUCCAUCGCACAGAGACUGGCGAACCAGUGCCUGGAGCACCCACCUAUACCCAACAAGCUCGUCUCAACUGCCCACACUGUCCUCGCACUUUCAGGCAUCGCAUGAGCCUAUUCGGCCACAUGCGCAUCCACGACGACCUGUAG